AUGCACCGCAGCAAUUUUAACACGCAUUCUAUUUUAGUACUUCUAUCAAUUGCCGUGUUACACCUCUCCUACGGUGCUCCCACCGUGAACGAGCAGCUUAAUUGCCUUGGCAACCGUGGUACAGUGAUCUUCGCUAGUCCUGUCUCGUGUAUCGUGUUCCACCUCUGUGACGACGAAACGCUCCACACGGUCUACUGUCCAGUGGGACAAAUCUUCGACUAUUAUUCCCGACAGUGCCGCACUCCAGAUAGGGCCGUUUGUGUUCUUGACCUGGUCAGCCGCCCAAAUCCGAAUCCAACGGCACCAACUCCAACAUCGGCACCAACUUUAGCCCCAACCUUGCCACCUACCCCGGCGCCAACCCCAGUCCCAAAUCCGGCACCCACUCCAGCCCCAACCGUGUCCACCCGACCUCCCCAGCAGGAUGAACCCACCUUCCCGGGGGAACCCCAAUGCCCGCCCUGGGACGUCACCCUCUAUCCUCAUCCAACGGAUUGCCGUCGGUUCUACAAGUGCUUCCUGGGUCAUCUGUCCACGCUGAACUGCCCGCUGCUGCUGCGCUGGAACACGGAAACGGGCAGCUGCGAUUUCCCCUGGAAUGUUAGCUGUAAUUGAUUCCACAACCACAGUCACAGUCGAAUAAAGCCUGCUCCAUAGUCAA